AUGGACACACAUUACUUGCAAUUGGCAACAGCUUCAGCACUACUCUCAGUUCCUAGACUUCAACAACUAUCUCGUUUCAUCCUAGCACGAGCCGAGGUUUUCUAUCUCCGUUUAUCUCUGUUUGCUAUCUCCGUUUACCUUUUCCAUGAGUCCUUGUUUAAACUGGCAGUGGCUAAUUCUACAUCAGCGAUUUUCUUACGUGUUGUUGGAAGUGAAUUAAUUCAGAAGUACUUGGGAGAUGGCCCAAAAUUAGUUAGGGAACUCUUCAGAGUUGCUGAUGAUAUUUCCCCUUCAAUUGUCUUCAUUGAUGAAAUUGAUGCAGUUUGUACUAAGAGGUAA